AUGCCAAAUGCCAACCAACAAUCUAUCUAUCUAUCUCUUUAUUCUAUCUAUCUCUAUCUAUCUCUAUCUAUCUCUAUCCUAUCUAUAUCUAUCUAUAUCUAUCUAUAUCUAUCUAUAUCUAUCUAUAUCUAUCUAUAUCUAUCUAUAUCUAUCUAUGUCGACCUGCAUUGUUAG